AUGUCGUACGUCGUAGACUGUUACACUGGGAACUUACACUUUAGAAUGUCAGAGUUGCCAUCCUUACCAGUGAUAUCUGAAUUAAAUUCUCAAGAGUACGACGCAUUUAAAUCUUCAAUAAAUGUUUUGUUUGAACCUGCCCCUCCGCUCGUAAACAUUCUUUACUCUCUACGCCCUUUCGACUCGCAUGAAUCGUUAAUCUCAACUGCUACCAAAAUCCUCCUUGACGAAAAUGGACCUCUAACAGAACAGCAAAAGCUUGAAGUUAUCAAUGCACAUCCACGUUUAGGUGAAAAUAAAAAUAAUUUGUCGGCGAUGAGUUUACAAGAACAAGGAUAUACCAGAGUCGACAAGAAUGAUGAACCCGAUUCAUCGACGAUCAAGCCUAACGGUGACGCGGAUGUAAAUAAAAAAUUACAAGAGUUAAACGCGGUGUACGAAGAAAAAUUUGGAUUCAAAUUUGUCAUCUUCGUCAACGGUAGGACGAGGAGAGAGAUCGUACCCAUUCUAGAGGAAAAAAUUGAAAAUGGUAAUAAGCGAGAUGAGCUAAGAAGGGGCUUAAUGGAUAUGAUGAAUAUCGCCUCGGAUAGGUUAAAAAAAUUACACAAGUGA